CCAACAAUUCGAAGCCUCGCAAUAAUCUGUAAGAUGGAGCUGCAGCGAGUACGGUAUGAUACAUUAUCGACGGCGCUUGUACGAGUGCGCUUUCUAGUCUUAUACACGUUAUUUUCGAAGAUUCGUUCGCCGCUACUUUCCAUGUCCGCACUCGUUUGCAACGAAUUGACAAUACAAUAGUGGCAAGAUUACUAAUAAGGGUAUAUAUAAGGCGAUCUCGCGAGUGAAGGUUUUCAUAUACUUAACCUGGACAACAAAGGCAGUUUUCUAACGUAUCGACGUUUUUGCAUCGCGACAGCUAAAAGCGAGUCCGAGUGUUGUGGUCUUUUAGGUUAGGUCAACUGGUAAUUUUCCACUCUACUCCGAUGGAAUACGCAUAUAAAUAGAUGUGUCGGAAAUUCAAUCCUGGUAUUUGUUACAGGUGAAUUGCGAUGGCGAGUACUGAUUCUAAGAACUCGCAUGUCACAUCAGUCGUGAAGAAGUGUCAAUAAACGAGCCUCCACACCGACGAAUUUCAUUAUACAUGGCUGAUUGAAAAUUUCGUCAAGUGGAAGGACGACACUUACAAGUCAGAUAUUGUACCACCAGUCAUAACUUUUUUCAAUUUUCAAGAUAAAUAUGCAUUUAAAUUGAUAAUAAACCAGCAAGAGUAUUCUGAGAAAGAUUAUCAAGGUUACUUUAAUAAAUAUAACAGAAUACACAUCGAUAUCAAAGUACUCUCAUGUCCUGAGUAUAAGACAAAAGCAAUUGUAGCACGAAACUUUGCAAGUCUUAAUACUAAUGCGCCCACGGUAUUAUCCAUUAGAAAGAACCAAGUUUAAUAAUCAGAAGUCUAUAUUUAGCCACUGCGAUUCCAAUGGUAACAUCACAGUCAACUGCAAAUUUACUUUUCACGGUAGCGUGCCUCGAAACUAUUUCGGGGAUUCCAGCCUAGAGUCAGCGACUACCUCGUCCAAAACAUCAUUUCUCGACGAAUACGAGAAACUUCUCGUCUCAGCCAAAUUCAGUGACGUUACACUGCUUGUAGACGACAAGAAAUUUCCCGCGCACAAGAAUAUACUGGCAACCAGAAGCCCAGUCUUCUCAGCCAUGUUCGAGCACGAGAUGCUCGAGAGUAAGAAGAACAUCGUCAAGAUUAGCGACGUCAAACCCGAGAUUAUGACCGAAGUUCUGCGUUUCAUCUACUCGAGCAAAGUGAAGAAUUUAAAGGAGUCGACAGCUGAGCUGCUCGCUGCUGCCGAUAAAUAUCAGCUCGAAGCUCUGAGGCUCAUGUGCGAGGAAGUUUUCAUUGAGAAGCUGAGUCUCGAUAAUGUAACAGAGAUUGUGCUAAUCGUAGAUAAAUACGAGACCUGCCAACGCCCCAGCGAUUGUGUAAAAAAGUUUUUGGCUUCUAAUGCGGAAGAGGUUUCUAAUUUGGAUAAUUAUACGACGAUCAUAAAGACUCUCUCGCCGACUUUGUUGAUUGAGGUGACCCGGGUGAUGAUACAGAGGUCAUAAAAUACAUCGAUUUUCAUUUCUAUUGCUAUAACUUAUUUACAUUUAAUAACAUUACUAUAUUAGUUUUAAUUAUUUAUAAGUCUUAACUUUCGCUAAUACUUUUAUACGUUAUGACAUAUUUUCUAUUUUUAUACUUACUG